AUGCCGUUCAGUGGUAGAGUAAGCUUGGCAGUGCCUGGGAGCAGCCCUGCUUCCCCGGGGAAUGUUCCAUACUCUGAAAUCCUCUCAAGGAGUCCAGCUGGUCCGGGGCAUCUCACACACACCGUCCUUCAGAACCCUGCACAGUCAAGUGUUCCCAGGUCCUCCACCAGGGACAAAGGUACAGCGCUGAGCUCCUCUUCGCUCGCAGGUGUGAAGACCCCCUUGUGGAAGAAGGAGCUGGAGGAGCCUUGCGCCAAGGAGGCGGCUCAGGAGAAAGAGGAGGAGAGGUCUGAGGAGGACGACGAGGAUGUGACCGCAGAUAGCGCGGCAGAGGACGCGGAGGAGACGCGCAAGGCGGAGGUGCAAGGCCGCGAGCGGCUCUCGGUGUCCUACUACCCACUGCGCCAGGAGUUCAGCACCCAGCAGGUGGCGCUACUGCGGCGCUCAGACAGCGGCUUCUGGGGCUGGUUCAGCCCCUUCGCGCUGCUGGGCAGCCUGGCUGCUCCUGCAGAAAGGAAGCGAAGCCUUCCGGAGGAGCCGUGCGUGCUGGAGACGCGACGGUCUCCGCGCCUCGGGGGCUGUGCGCGCUGCGAGAUCCUUUUUUGCAAGAAAUGCAAGAGCCUGCAUAGCCACCCGGCUUACGUGGCGCACUGUGUUCUGGAACACCCGGAUCUGGGUAAGGCGGAGAUGACUGAGGGCUCUGAACAACUCCGCUCUCAGCCUGUGUCCUCCAACCUUGCCUAAUGUCAAAAUCCCUGCAGCCUUCUCUACCGCGAAGCUAGCCCCCUCCAGCAUGAUCCACAGAACUGCCCCUUCUUCGAGCUGUACCCAGAGCACCCCACUCCGGCAAGAAGUCCCACUGUAGGUGAGGGGUUUCCACCUGUCAUUUAGCGGGGCUCUAGGUUAUGCUGGACUUUGCAUGGGGGGACUCUGUAUAACCUAGAAUCCCAUUACUCUCAUAGUGCUCUCGAAGGGCUCUGGCCCUCAGGGAGCACCCAACCUUCACCACCACCUGAUUCACGUUCCCAACACAGUUUCACAAGCAUCUCUUUCAGGUUCUUCAAGCCUGGUGAGCAGAGGCAUCUCCUAGAAAAAGUAACCUCUGGUUUUCCUCAUCCCUCGGAAAAGUUGCCCCUUUCCCUCAAAUCAUUCAAUAAAGCCUCUAAUCAAAGUGUCAGUGCCUUGAGAUGGGAGCGAGGUGGUUUUAAGUAGGAGUAAGGAAGAUGGGACACUCUUUCCCCUCCCUAGGUUCAAGUCAAAGAGAGAAGGCUGGCAGGGAGCCACCUCUCUCACCUCCCCGGGGCAGGGUAGCACAAGGCCCUUGAAUCCCAGGGCAGUCAAAGGCCAGUCUCCCCACGGCACAGAGAAGAAGGCAGGCGCAGGGCCAGCAAUGCCCCUAGGGAAGGAAGGAAGGAACCCUCCCAGACCAUUCUCCUCUCCCCUGGAAGCUGUUUGCUGAGGUCAAUGUGUGUGCAGAUGAGGCACUGGCAGGUGUGGAGGGAAGGGAGGAGAACUAGAUGCUAAAAUAAAUGCUGAGACUGGCUGAAGCAGAAGAUGGAGGCUGGGGAGUUGGUUUCUUCUCCAGGAAUCCCAGCUAUUCUUGGCCAGACAGCAGGAGCUCUGGGAAUGCUGUGUGUGUGGCCUGGAGAAUGGGGCCAUUGUGAGCACAAAACCUCCCCCAACCUGCAGAAUCCUUUUGGAGGCUGCAUCCUGAGCACCAGCAGCAGUGCAGCAACC